CCCCUGACACACGCUUCGACACACAGGACAUCACUAUCUUACAGGGCUUGGGCGCGUGAUGUCACGGGGUGGGCGUGGAAAGUCUUUUGGGCUGAUGCGCCAUAUUUCAGGGCUCAAGCGAAAGAGGAGCGAAAGCACACACAUCAGCCAUGGUUCGUAACUGCUGCGUGAUCGGCUGUAAUGUUCGAUCACACGACCGGCAAGGGAAGAAGCUUGGAAAUGGUUUAUCUUUUCAUUCUUUCCCCACCUGGAAGCAGCAUGAGGGAGCUCAUAUAGCGGACCUUACCAAAAGAAGGCGUCUAGCCUGGAUAGCAGCCGUGGGACGACUUGAUCUCCAGUUCUCUUCCAUCUCCAAAUAUCUGUUGGUGUGCUCCCGACAUUUUCACUCCGGGAAGCCUGCCUAUGAAAUGGAUCAAACAAAUCCAGACUGGGUACCAACGCUACACAUGAACUCCGAAAAAAGACGACGAACGCAAGGACAACAACAAAGAGCACUAGUCGGAGGCAGAAAGGCAGAGGAGGCAUCUGCAGAGAAGAUAAGAAGAAAAAUGAGACUGGAUGUGUUCAACAGAAGACAGACAGCAAAGCUACAACGGAUAGCACAAAUCAAGCUAUCUGCAGAAGGCAUCCCUGCAAGGGACCCAGCAGCCAAGGAUGCAGGACCAACAACCCUUGAUGGUCGAAGGAGGCUUUUUAAAGGUGCUGUCCCGACACUUUUUCAGUGGAAUAAUUAUAAAGUUGAACCAACGCAGAGUAGUGUUUGGGAGAGAACGGAGCGAGAACCCCCUGAACUAGUUCAUCCUGGGGAUCAAGGUCAGCACAGUGUUACAGGAGAUCAUGACUACUGCUCAGUCCCUGAGCCAUCAGCAGAAGACCUGUCCAAAGACGUGGAGAGUCUGAGGAAGGAAAUACAGGCGUUACGUGUCCAGCGAGAGUUUGGGUUACAGCGGUUUGCUGGCUCUGACACUGACAUCCAAUUCUAUACCAGAUUUCCAAGCUAUGAUCAUUUGAUGGCAUUCUGGGUUUUGAUUGAGCCUUGCAUCUAUAAGAUGAUCCGGGCUUCAAGACCCAAGUCAGCUGCCAACACGGACGAAGAAGUGUUGACACCUGCACGCACACAAACGAGGCAGCUGCUCCAGCCAAUCGACGAGUUCUUUCUUUUCCUGGUUUUCCUGUCUGUUGGUCUGAAGGAGAGGGACCUGGCUCAUCGAUUCAACAUACACCAGUCCACAGUGAGCAGCAUCAUUGCAACAUGGACAAGUUUUCUUGCCACUGCACUGGGGUCUCAGUGCAUCUGGCUUACACGUGCAGAAGUGCAAGCUUACCUCCCUAAGGAAUUCAAAGGUUUCUCAGACACCCAGGUGAUCCUUGACUGUACAGAGCUGAGGUGUCAGACACCAUCCUCACCACUUCUCCAGAGUGAAACGUACUCUUCAUACAAAUCCCACUGCACGAUGAAAGCCCUGGUUGGCAUAGCUCCACAUGGUCCAGUCACAUUCAUCUCUGAUCUGUACGCAGGUUCGGUUAGUGACAAGGAACUAUUCAAACAAUCAGGCAUUGCUGAGAAGUUGACUGAAGACAUGGCAGUGAUGGUAGAUAAGGGCUUCCUGAUCACAGAUGGUUGUAAAUGCAAGUGUACCGCCCCCUUUUGUAUCUAG